UUUUGAAUGCUUAGCUUUUUGCUAAUAUGUUAUUAAUAAUUAAGCAUGAAGUAUAAAUCAGUACUAUUUGAUCAGUAUGAAAGGUAUCUCUGAAUUUGUCUUAGGAAUAUGAUCUUCCUGAGCUCUACCAUUAAGGACUCUAUUCGGCAGGUGACUCUGUUUUAACUGAUUUGAGGAGCUUAUAAAGAUGGUGGUGCUAAUAAAUCCGACUAUUUUUAUGAGAGUAAGUUCUAUUAAAUUCAGUUUUUAUUCAUAUAUUAAAAUAUUCCACCGCUUUGAAUUAUUCUCAAUAUUUUAAAGUUUUAAUGUUCAUCAAAUUUUACAACACUUCUUACAUCUAACUCUCUAUCAUCAUCAAUACUAAUCUAAAAGCCCCCUACUAUCCAAAUACUGCUCAGUUCUACCAUAAUCUUAUCAAUUUCGGUCACUCUCUUUCCCUGCCAACCCAAUUUCCCAAAAACCCCAACUCAAAACCCCAAAACUUCCUCACAUAGAACUCUCCUUCAGGCAAGGUCAGCCCCCUCUGCCCACUGCCAGACUACUUAAAAGUUCUGGAUUUCCUCCUGUAGAGUAGGCUACAGUAGGAAAUUUGUACUGG